UGACAGCCAAAAAUGGGUGACAGAAGAAAGAAGCGGCGUCGUGUGCUAGACUCGCCCACUUCUUCCUCCUCUCCGUCGUCCGACUCCGACCGCCCUUCACGGCGGCGGCGGCGGCGCGAGAAGGAGCGGCGCCGAAGGAGCGAGGAAAAGGAGGAGCGAAGGCGGAAGAGGAGAGACAGAGAGAGAAGAAAGAAGAAGAGGCACCACGAUUCCGAUGAGUCCUCCUCUUCGGAGGAGGAAGACGAGCCUAGGGUUCAGCCUCAAGCUGUGAUAGCCGAAAUGAUGCAAGAGUUUCCCAACGUUGGCAACGAUUUGAAGCAGCUCUUGCAAAUGAUUGAUGAUGGACAAGCUGUUGACAUAAAGGGCAUAUCAGAAAGAUCUUUAACCAAGCAUUUGAAGAAGCUGUUCCAUUCGUUAAAACUUAAGGAAAAUGGAGAUAGGGUUUUCUUGCUGCCUUCUAAAGCUCGCCCUACUUUGGAUGUUGUUGGUCCUCUAAUACACUCCUAUAUGAAUGAGCAAGCUGGCACUUCUGCACCAGUGGCUGAUACUUCUGCAGUUCCAAUUGAUAUUGGAAAUGAACAGAUGGUGGAUGACCAUGUAACGGCACCCCCGGAGGAUCAUUCUGUUGGUCCUAGAAGAAGGGUGAUAGGCCCUGCAAUGCCAUCAGCUGAAUUGCUUGCUGCGGCUGCCAAAUUAACUGAGGCACAGACUGAGCUCAAAGAUGCCGAAUUGGACGAUGAUACUGAACUAUUUAUAGGACCUGCACCACCAGCUAUGGUUUCUGAAGCAGAAUCAGCUAAUGAAGCAGAACGAUUUGAAGAGGUAACCAGGAUCAUGGAAGUUGAGGCUGACAGCCCAUAUGAUGUUCUGGGAGUUAACCAUAAUAUGUCCAAUGAGAACAUAAAGAAAAGGUACUGGAAGAUAUCACUAUUGGUUCAUCCAGAUAAAUGCUCUCAUCCACAGGCCCACCAAGCUUUUAUUAAAUUAAAUAAAGCUUUCAAAGAAUUACAAGACCCAGAAAAGAGGAAAGCAAUGGAUGAUAAAAUCAAACUCAAGCAAGAACAAGAGGAAUUUAAGGCUGAACUUAAAAGCAUGCGUGAGGCUGCACUGUGGAGAAGAUCUCAAGGUAUUUCCAUGGAGGGUGAUGAAGAGCUUCUGGCACAGACAGAGGUUAAAGUGGAACCAAAAAGGGAUGAGUGGAUGACAACACUGCCUCCAGAAAGGAAACCUGGUGGUGUGACUAUGCAAUCAACCAAGUUUAGCCGUGGCCCAAAGGAAGGUAGAGGUGAUACUAGUGCUUGGACAGACACCCCUUUAGACAGGGCCCAGAAAGCAAAGAUGAAUUAUUUGGAAGCAUACAAUGAAGCUACUGCACUAGCCUCAAAUGAAGAUGAAAAGAAAAGGGCUAGUGCGGAUGCAGAAUUAGUGGACAAAUACAAUAAAGCAAAACGGUCAAAAACAUUGGUGCAAAAGCAUCAAGAAGAGGCUUCUAGCAAAUCCAAGAAAAAGUCCAAGCAACAGCCGCAGAAGGAAGACUGGGUGGGCCAACAUCCAUGGAAGCCAUGGGACCGUGAAAAGGAUCUAACAGCUGGAAGGAAAACUGUAAAUUUUGAUUCAGAAAGCAUGACUAAGGAUUUAUCUUCAAGGUUUUCCUCUGGGAACUUUCAGAGGAACUUCCUUUGAUUUGAUUUAGUUCACGUAUCAUGUGCUGUGGCCUUUUGCCUGGACAACAUCUGUUCAAUGAGCUUCAUUGAGAAAUUGAAUUUUUCUUCUUCCUGAUGUAGCCAGUAGGCAGUAGGUGCUGAGUACAGAGUCAUGUGCUGAAAAUGCUACGGAGAAUUCUAAUUAUGAAAUUGCGUGACUGGCAAAUAUUUUCUGAAGUUUGUACAACAAAUAGUCCAUUUCUUAUUUUCAUAACUUAUAUAGAUGUAUAUCUAACUAUCUAUCAAGCAUGGUUAUCUGAAGUAUUUAUCUUUGUGGCACA